UCUUCGCGAGCGUUGCGAGAAAGUGUGAAGAACGAUUUGGGCUUUCGUUUGGAAUAUAAAUUUCAUACGGAUUGGGAUAUGCAACAUAUGCGAGCACGAGGAGAUCGCGACAAAGGUUGCCGAUUUGUGUUUAACUCAUCUGUGCAAACAAGUGGUAAGCUAUGGAGCGUAAACUAUCCGGGAUUAUACCCAAGAUCGCUGUACUGCGAAUAUAUAUUCCAUGGCAGUGAUGAACAGAUAGUUCACAUACAUUUUGAGUAUUUUGACGUCGAAGGAUUUAACCAAUGCGAUGAAACAACGCAAAGUGACUUUGUGCUAUUCAGCAAUUACCAGACACAUGAUAGAACGAAUAGAAGAUUUUGUGGGAAGGUAAUUGUCAGCUUAGUUACUUAAGA